AUGAGCCCCAAUAGUGAUCCAUAUGAUCACCAGUACCUCGAUCACGAUCAUCAUCGAGGGAAUCUUCGUCACUGCAACACACCACGUCACGACGAUGGCCACGAUCAAUUGGGCGGUCGUUGGCCACAAGAUACUUAUGAUCACCACGAGCCGGUCUACCCUGCUCAUAAGGACGAUCUCCCACGUCCACCACCACCGCCACCCGACCCCACUACGAGGACUAUUGACCCCACAGACGCGACCAAGGACACGACUCAGUCGUUGUAUAUUAAAUCACGCAAAUCUAAAAUUUAUAAAACUAGAAAAUACGAAUUUCCGGAUAUUUAGAAGUAUUUAUAAAUAAAUAUAUCAAUUAUAAUUCAAUAAAAGUUCCAAAAAUAGCGGUAAUUUCCCAGGUCGAUCACAGGGAUGUAAUAUAAUAUUUUGUAAUUAUUCAGAGUUUUUCUCAAUGAAUACGAUUUUCUAUGAAUUUUAUACUAGGAAAUGAAAAGGAAAUAUAUUUAAAAUUCACGAAAAAAAAAGAGGAAAUAAGGGUGCGGACGACAGGAUGACGUCAGCGCCCGGCGAACGCGAAUCGGGCAGAAACAGAGUUCCGCCCGGCGAUUCUUACGUAAGCGAUUACAGACGAUUUAAUUAAUCAAAUUAAGAUCUGUAAAAGCCGGAAGAAUCGUAAUUGAACGAAGUAUAGUUUGGUAAAUUAAAAUCACACAAAGUAUCACUAAAUAAAGUGUAAAUUAAAUUGAAAGCAGGAAACCAAAGUUCCGGCGUCGCGAUGGCGAUGCGUCGGCGAUGCACCGGAAUCCUGAGCGUUCGGGAGGAUCAUCGUGCAGUGUCCACGGCCUCGAAGGCUCUCCUUGGACAAAGACGACGUGGGCAAUCUCUAGAUCUUCUCGCGAAGUCUAGAGAUCAAUGAAGUGGGUCGUCGAGUCGUCUCCGACGGCUGUCACCCGGCGGAGCGGAAAAACGGCGACUUUGCGGCUCUCCGGCGGCUGUCACCCGACGGAGAGGAGCUGGAUGGAGGUGGGGCGCGUGUCAGGGAGCUUCAUCCUCAGGUCCGCGCAGCAAGGGGAGGCUCUUCAUCGCAUCUGGUACGCUCUUAGGAGGUGGCGACUCGUCUCCCGGCGGAUCGUCCUCUUCCCGAUGACGGCUUGUUCGUCGAUCAAUCGGAGAUGAUUUACUCGAUGGAUUGCGAUCCUUUUAUCGCGAAUCGUUCAGCAAUUUUAGUAGCAAUGCUCCGCGAAUCGCGUUGACGAGAUUUUCGCCGAUGAUCCAGCGAUUCCGGUUGCUUAAUCCUUCACCGGCGAUCUGCAGGAAAGUCGCGAUAAUCAGUUAAAAAUAUAUGAAUUUUGACUCUGGGAGGAUUCGAACCCGCGGCGGUCGCCCGCCCCUGAACAAGGUGUGACGCGGGUUUAGUCCCACAUCAGUUGUGCGCGGAUUAUUUGGGCGAAUAUAUAGUAAAGUUAGCUUCGUAGGCAAAAUCCUCUCGCGUGUACGACCACUCCUUGCCCCACAGCCGGCUGACCACCGGUGACGUGGAAGGGGAGUGGCGCACACGUGCCCCUAUCGAUCCAAGCAAGCUGCUCGAGCCCCUGCUCGCGGCUACUCCCCGACUGCGCUUCCGACCCGCUUGCGGGCCCGGCUGGCCGGCGGGUCUCCCCAUUUUGCAAUAUUUUUAUUUUUAUUUCUUGUUCUUCGUUUAUCUCAAAACUAAGACUGUAAAAAUCGUAUAAAAUCACAUAAUUACCCAAAAAUUCACGUUAAUCAACUGAAAACCAUUUUUCAUGCUUUAACACAAAUAUAAGUCUAUUUAUCAUGAGUUAAGGCUAAAACUAUAUUAUUUACUAAUUAUUAACUCAUGAUAAUGAAGACUUAUCACACCCCCCAACUUAAAUCAUUGCUAGUCCCUUAGCAAUGGAAUUACGAAAAUAAAAAUUUACAAAUCUCAAACAUCAUAUUCAAUACAGAAAAGAAAUACAAUUAG